AUGGUCGCGCACAAGUGGCACAACGAGCCGGUUUAUACGAAUAAAACUUGGUCGGAACUUACUCAUAUCCCUCUUAUCGAAAUUAAUAAGUUGGAGAUCGCACUUAUAGAAUCUUUAAAUUACAAGAUUCAUAUUGGUGUAGACAAAUAUUCUUUUUGGAUAAAGUGUUUGACAGAAUAUGCCAAAACCGGAAGACUCGUUUCACUAUUUGUUGAACGAAUCAGCAAAAAUACUACUCCAUCUCCUCCACCACCACCAGGUUUUGGUUUGGGAAAAUCGAGAAUUAUUCCUACACCGAUUGGAUAUGAAAGAAACCAAUAUAGAUUAUAUGAGCUAUUUGAUGGAAUUAAAAUCGAUUUUUUUAAACAAACUCAACAUAGAUUAUACAAUUUAUAUGAUGCUCAACUUAUUGUUAGUACAUCAGGAAUAGUUCUUGAUUUUAAAGAAAAUAUUAAAAUCUUUGUCUUGGGUGAAGCUAAUAAUAUGUUGAAUCAAGAUGGAUUAAACGAUCAAAAUAGUAUUCCAAUAAGUUUGGUAAUUAGUUGGGUGUCAGAAAUUCCAGUGGUAUGA